AGAUGGCGCCUCCUACAGCUGCGCCAUCGGGGGGCGGCGGGUGGACGCGGGCUCGCCGGAUGGCGGGCCUUGCCGGCGGCGGCCCGGCGGGCCCCUGAUUCGGAGGCCUGCGGCGGUGCCAAGGGCAUGGCACCGGGUCGGCCCCGGUGAGGAGCGGACGCUGGCCCCUGCGCGGGCAUGGCACAGGGCAAGCGCCGCAAGAUCGACACCCUGGGGCAGGGCGGCGUCGGCAACACGCUGCUCCUGCAGGGCGUGGAGUUCGCCUCGAAGGUGCCGCUCUUCUCCACGCUGGCGCCCUCGGAGCUGCCGCUCGUGGCGGGCGCCUUCUCCGUGGUGGAGUACAAGGAGGACGAGGUGAUCAUCAAGCAGGGCGACCCCGGCCGGGAGCUCUUCAUCAUCGAGAGCGGCAGGGUGGCGGUGAACGUCCAGUGGCCGUGGCUGGAGGACCCCGUGCGCGUGCAGGAGCUCGAGGAGGGAAGCUACUUCGGCGAGGAGGCCUUGCUCAGUGGAGCUCCGCGCAGUGCCAGCCUGGUGGCGCUGGAGGAGCCCAGCAUGCUGGACUGCAAGCUGUGGGUGUUGGAGCGUUCGGACUUCGAGAACCUGGGCCUGCGGCACAGGCUGCACUUCAGGAAGAAGCAGGCCGUGCACAUGGGAAGCACCGACGAGGAGAACGAACAUGCCGACUACCAUGAGGACAAACAGGAGAAGACCGAUGCGCAGAGGGAGCUCCUCAGGGCUGCGUUUAUGAAGCACGAGAAUGUGGGGCCGCUGCUGGCGUACUUGAGCGAGGCCGACGUCGACGCCGUGGUGGAGAGCGCGCGGCCGCUCGAGGUCGAGUCUGGGAUGGAAAUCAUGACGCAGGGGGACACCAAGAUGGUGCUGUUCUACAUCGUCGAGGAGGGCGCCUUCGAGGUUUUCCGGGACGGGAAGAGCAUCAGCAUGCUCGGACGGGGACAGUCGUUCGGUGAGCUGGCGCUGCUGGUGCUAGAGCCCUGCGCCGCCACCGUUCGCGCGACCACCGCCUCGAAGCUGUGGGCGAUCCCCCGCCAGACGCUGCGGGAGGUCCGCAAGGCUCCCCUCAGGCAACGCGUCGAGGAAUACGUGAAGGUGCUGGGCAAGACCCAGCAGCUGCAGGACGCCUGCCGAGAGAAGCUGGCAGAGGUCCUCACAGAGAUGACCUUCAGCAAGGACGAGUAUAUCAUCCGGCAGGGGGAAGAAGUCCGCAGCUUUUUCGUGCUGUACGACGGCCGGGUCUCCAUGUACGUCGACGGCCAGCAGGGGUCCUCCCGGGAGCUGUGCGGGGACCCCAACUCCGGGGCCACCGAGUUCUUCGGGGAGCGCGCGCUCGUGGGCGACGAGACCUCUCCCGCCUCGGUGCGCUGCGUGAGCGACAGGGUGGUUGUGCUCGCCCUGGAGAGGCAGGACUUCCUGCGGGUGAUGCGCAGGUGUCAGCCGUCCUUCCUCCCUGCCGAGGCCACGACGGCUAGCGCAGACACCAAGGGCAAGCUCAAGGGGAAUUUGAUGGAGUACAGCCUGGACAGGUUGCAAGAGGUGGCGCUGCUGGGGUGCGGCAGCUACGCCAGGGUGAGCCUGCAGAGGGACAGGGAGACCGGAAGGUUCUUCGCGCUGAAGGCGCUGUCGAAGGGGCGGAUCCUCCAGAGGCGACAGGUGCGGCAGGUGCAGACGGAGAGGCUGGUGCUGAAGACUACCAACAGCCCAUUCCUCAUUCGCCUGGCAGCCACGUGCUCCCGCCCACGAGCAAUGGAGGCCUUCGGAGCUGUUCAGUAUCACGUUCCUGGGGCGCCGCUGCUUCAUGAACGACUCGUGUUGGUAGAGCCUGGGGCUGGCACAACGAUCAGCGUGCUGAGUCCAGAUGGCGGCAACUACGAGGAAGGUUGGAUCCAGGGGCCCGACAUCGCGUGGUUCGGGCUGAUGGCUGGAGGCGCGUGCGGCGUCCAGGCACUGGCGGGCCCUAGAGGGCUAGCGGUGCCCGUGUAUCGCUUGAGGAACGUGCCGACGCCCGCGAGGCGCGGCGGCCGCCGCGGGCGGUGCCCCGGCUGCAGGCCCUCCAGCGGUACUUGCGCCGGUGGCCGCGCCAGCAGUGCAGCCCCACCGCCCCCUGCCAUCGGCGUCGGUGGCGUGCUGGUGCCGGUGAGAGGAGCCCUCAUUGUCGCUGCGCCUGGAGGUGCUCAUGUGCCGACGGUCGACAUCCGCGCCCAGUCUCUUUCGCACGACGCCUCGGGCGCUCGCUUUCGAGAGUUUCGCCAUGUAUUCGUGGGGGUGGCCGAGACAUCCGCCAACGACUUGCUCGUCCGGGGACCACGCACUACCCUACGGCUCUGUCGCUUCAUGGCGGCUAACGGCCAGACGCCGCUUGGGCGGCAUGCCCGGUGGAAGGCCGAGGCCAAAUUACAGAACGACGACGGUGGAGUCGAGAAUCAUUUGAUGUGCUGUCAGAUGUUGGAGAGUAUGGCCACGCUCGAUCAGCUGAACCUGCCAGACAUUGCAGGAGAGUCCAGCAGUAUCGUGACUGGGCCAACGACGGGCGGGAGGAUCCGCGUCAUUUUCGAUGCCCGCGCUUGCAAUUACUCUUUCAAGGACCCCCUCUCCGCCAGGCUGCCGACGGCCUUGUCUCCCAAUCAGGUGGAGAUCGACGGGCCAGCCUUCGUGGCCACAGGUGGCAUCUAUGCCGAACUUUACAGGCCAGGGCUGCUCUGGCGACUUCGCGCGGGCGGGGGGCCUCCGACAUGUCAGGCAAGCUCGAGAAGGAGCGACCCACUCGACCCGAGAUGCCCAUCCGUAACCUCGGGCUUCCAGUGGGCGAGCGUGCUGGAGAAUAUUGCCGCGGGGCCUGGGGCCGUGUCGCUGUGCCAGAGGGCGCUGCUGUCGUGUCCGAUGCACUGCCAGAUGAUGCAGCUGACGUGGGGCACCGUGGCGGAGUUGGACACGAUGGCCGCGCCGCGCCUCCCGCUGCCGCGUCUGGCGGCUUUGGCCAUCGCGGGCGGGGUGAUCGUGAUCGGGCUCCCCAGGAUGGCCGCCGUGGCUGCAGUCUCUCACGCUUGCUACCUUCGCCGCGUCGAGGGCUUCGACUGCGAGCUGUGCCGCGAGGCGUUCGCGGCGGUAGCCGAGGGCCUGGGGCUGGGGCCUCUCGACCCACGCCCAUAUCAACUUCGACGCGGAGGCGCUUCGGAAGACCUGGCAUCUCAGCGACGGACUCCAGAGCAAGUCAUGCGACGCGGGCGGUGGGCCACCGCCGCCACCUCCCUGAAGCGAUGCGGGAAGGAGACCAAGCUGUCGAGGGUGAUCAGCCAGAUUUCCCACUCCGUCUUCAGCAUCGGCAGCGAGAUGCCCCAGGAUUUCAGCCGAGCCCUCCGGAGCGGCGUCGGGGCCCGCCGAGGGCAGCUCCCCAUGCUGGUGCUGCUGGAGACUGGAGUUCGGCGAGAGGCAGCUGGGGUCCCCGUCGAUCUCCCGAGCCAGGUCCCUGCCCUGCGCCCCGGGUGA